AUGGAUGAUAAAAUUUCACCGGAAUAUUUCCAUCUGAUAAGGAAAGUACUUCGAGAGAAAGAACCUCACACUGAGAGACCAUUAAAGAAGAAGCGGCGCACUCGGGGAGCGAAUGCAUCAGAAAAGGACGACACUGUUGCAAACUGUGAGAUUAUUUCUGCCGAUUCACCUAUAAAACACGAUGUGAUAAGUUUGAGCUCUUCAGGAUCAGAUUUUGAGGAAGCGACUCCAGAGUCAACUUUCGAGGAAGACUCUUCGAAUGAUGAUGACGAUAGUGAUGAAUUUGAAGAUGUCACAGAACCAUCUGAGGUGCAAGAAAAGGUAAGUGGUGACAUAUCCAUUAUUAUGGAUGUCUCGGGUACCACACGUAAGCAAGUUACAGAAAGAAAACCAAGAAAUGUGUGUUCCAACGAAGAAAGAAAGUACCGCAAAUAUAUGCAUAUGGCAGUUCUGCUAUGUCUUAUGAUUCACGGAGCCUUGAGGAAUUCGUGGAUCGGAAAUGCGAAGCUAUUGCGUAGGCUCAGCAAAUUAGUUCCCGAUAAGGUUUUCAGAUUGCUUCAUCCAGAAAAAGAUGAGGAGCUGCCCUUAAGAAGCACUAGAAAGCUAUUAGAUGGACUAAAAAUGUGCAUGGAAAUAUGGCAAAAACAUUGGAAGAUAAUGAGGAGAUAUGAGGGAUAUGAGUGCUAUAUGAAGCACUGGGAUGAAAUCAAAGGAAAGAUAGAUAUGAAGCGGAGCUUGACAGAGCAACAGUUUGUUCGACAAGUUCUCAAAGGUCAAGGUAAUCGUGACAUAGCUAGUCAAGGCUUCAUUGCGUUACUUCGCUCUUGUAGUCUGAAUGCAAGACUAGUUAUGUCAUGUCAACCACCUGACUUUACUGAUUUAAAGGAACAUUUAUCAGUGAGUAAGAAAAAAAGGAUCUCGGAGAGUACAUUCAAAUAUCCCAUCUUUUGGUGUGAAGUUUGGGAUAAGUUCAGUAAAAAAUGGAUCACUAUUGAUCCAAUAAACUUGAAAACUAUCGAACAGAUUAGAUUUAAUUCAAAAUUAGAACCUCACGGUGUUGCUGGCAGCGACAGAAACUGUAUGCGCUACGUAAUUGCAUAUGACAGAAAAGAUGGAUGCAAGGACAUAACAAGAAGAUAUCAACAUUGGUUCAACUCAAAGUGCCGGCGAAGAAGAAUUACUAAAGAACCGGAAGGUGCCUUUUGGUAUGAAAAGAUAUUGAAAAAGUUGCAUAGAAGAAAGAAAACCAAAAUUGAUGAUUACGAGGAUGAAUAUAUGAGAGAUAGGGAUGAGAAUGAGAGUAUGCCAGAUAACAUUCAAGAUUUGAAAAAUCAUCCAAAAUUUGUACUUGAGAAAGAUUUAAAAGCGAAUCAAUGCAUCAAAGCUGGAUGCAAAGAAUGUGGUUACUUGAACGUCAAUCAUAAGAAAAAGAUUUUGAAAGUAUACAAUAGAAGAGAUGUACUGGAUUUGAAAAGUGCUAGACAGUGGUAUAAUGAUGGGAGAAUCUUGAAGAUCGGAAGCAAGUAUCGCAAAAUUAUCCAGAAGCAAAAUUGGAGGAAACCUGGUAGCUCGGAAGAGACUAGAGAAGAGCGUUUAUAUAGUAUCGAGGAUACAGAAGUCUAUAUUGCUCCUCUUGCCAGUGCCCCUGACGGCAAGAUAGUAAAAAAUACCUUUGGAAAUAUCGAAGUGCUUACUCCAACAAUGAUCCCCAUGAAUUGUUGUUUAGUGGAAAGCCCUGUCGCAAUAAAAGCAGCCAAUUUUUUGCAAAUAGAGUACGCAAGAGCAGUCACUGGCUUCAAAUUUGAAAAAGGAAAUUCAGCAAAACCUAUAAUAGGUGGCGUCGUAGUAGCACAAUGGUUUAAAGAGGCAAUAUUAGCAGCAAUAGAUGGAAUAGAAUACUGUGCAGAAAGAGAAGAGUUCGAGAAACAUGAUCUAGAGAGUUUGAAUCGCUGGUAUGUUUUAUUAAUGAAACUACGAAUCAAGAAUAACUUAAAUGAAUCCUACGGAAAAGUCAAUGAAACCACUCUAGUCGAUGCAAUGCAGGAAAAAACUAGCGAAGACGAUGACGAUACGCCAGAUGACCAUGUUACAGAUAAAGGUGGAUUUUUUCCCCAUCCUACUAACAAUGUUGAUGCAGGCGGACAAGCUUCCAACCUUCAGCCAAAAGAAGAGCCUCUAAGUACAGAUAACAAAUCGGCUGAACAAAUUAGCGACAGAGAGCACUACGAUGAUGACUACAAUGAGUUUAUGGAGGAACUAGACUUAUGA